CACUGAGUCUUCCCUACAUUUGACUAUAGAACGACCAAACAGACGGCGGUUGAACAUUUCAAGCGGGAGUAGCCACAAACUAUGUGCUAAGAGCUAUGUCACUCAUUUUACAAUUUAUCCGGGUGCUGUUCGAUGGAGUCUGGUCAAGCUGCUUCCAAAAUGAAGUCGGUGUCUCAUGAGGGGAAUUUCGGAGUUGUCAGACAAGUUUGCAGUCGGGCAAAAUGCUCUCUAUCAGCUGAAUUCUCUCGUUUCUCGUUGAGGUUCAGUUGAAGGGCGAACUUGUCUAACACGAAAUUAGUCGUCGUGAUCGUUGUGAAUCUGAGCCGAACAUGUCCAAUGGCUCCUCAACUCGUCCGGACCUUAUCGGCUCAAUUUACAGACACCUUUCUCAAAAGAUCAGAGUCGUCUUUAAACUCCAUGGUUGACUUGAGAUGCAUCUCCAAGUAUCCUUGGCGUUUCGGAGAAGUCAACUUUAAAGUGAGGUGCUUGACGAUAAUUAUGAAGAUGAUGAGGAUGAUGGGAGUAAUUACUGUCCGUGCUGGAAGAGAUGCGGAUAAGGUUCAUUUCCUCAUUCAUUGAUUUUUUUUGUCUUCUUUCAUUUAAGCAACCCACGUGGCGUUAUUGGGGCGAGGAGAAGUGUCCGGGUGCCAUCUACACGGUGUAUCUUAAGAAAGUCCGAUAUCAUUCACCCAGUAAAAGCAUUAUCAAUGGCGAGUCCGAUGACGACAUAUCCCACUUGGAAUGGGAGACCGUUCGGGUUCGAUUCAUCAAGGCUGGCAGCCUCGAGAAACUGGUGGGUAGUCUGGCCUCGGAGGUCGGUGAAUUGGAGUCCACAUAUGUCAACGUCUUCUUGGCCACAUAUCGAACAUUUGCGUCUCCGAAGCAGGUUCUAAACCUGCUCUUGGAAAGGUAUGACGAGUUACGAAACCCGAAUUCUCCAAUGCGAGAGGCCAUGCGCGAUCAAAACCGAAAAACUCUGCGUCAGUCGAUACACGUUUGGUUAGAUCAAUACCCGGAAGACUUUCAGGAGCCUCCCAACUACCCAUGUCUAACCCAAUUGGAAUCCUUCACCUCACGGGUGAUGCCCGACUCGGAAUUGGAUCAAAAGGUCCAUCGGAAAGGUGACCUGAUCCGGAGGUCAGCUAAGGGUGGCCCGCAUUGUUCCAAUGCGGCUGGGUCUACCUUGAAGUGUUCGCCAUUGAUCAAUCAAUUACUUUCCACCUCCACCAUGCCAACCGCGCCCGAAUUCAAUGUCAAAUCUCCCCCUUCGGCCUCCAAUGGCAAAGGCUACCAUCACCCGCAAUAUCACUACACCAAUCUGAUUCCUUCUCGACAUCCAAGUGCUGGAAACUUGACCACGACCAAUCAUGGCAUCAUCCCUCCCUACUCGGACUUCCUAGAAAUCCCUGAGACCAUCUUUGCCCAACAGCUCACUCGAAUGGACUACGAGUUGUUCAAGCGUGUAAUACCUCAUCAAUGUCUUGGCUCCGUUUGGUCGAGGAGAGACAAAGGUCGUGAUCGCGAUUGCGUCAGCGUGGUGGCCACGGUCGAGCAAUUCAACGCGGUUUGCUAUCGGGUGAUUUCAGCCAUACUAAUGGAGCCCGAGGCCAAGUCGUCAGCCAGGGCCAAGAUCAUCUCCAAAUGGGUCGAUAUUGCCCAGGAGCUCCGGGUGUUGAAGAACUUCUCCUCGCUCAAGGCAAUCAUAUCAGGUCUUCAAACCAAUCCGGUGUACCGCCUGAAGAAGGCUUGGAGUCAUCUUCCACGGGAUAAACUCGAGACCUUUGAGGAGCUGGCCAGGAUCUUCAGUGAGGACAACAACGCCUUGGCUCAACGAGAGCUCUUGGUUCGGGAGGGUACCGCUCGCUUUGCCGACACAGUGGGAGAAAAUGAUCAUCACCUUCAAAAAGUGCUUCAAAAACACUCGGAGAACUCUCGGGCCAUCAGUUAUGGUACGAUUCCUUAUUUGGGAACAUUCCUAACCGAUCUGACCAUGAUCGACACCGCCAUUCCGGACACAACAGAGGGACUGAUCAACUUUGACAAACGACGGAAGGAAUUCGAGGUGUUGGCCCAAAUCAAACUACUCCAAGGUGCAGCCAAGGCCUAUCAUAUCGAUGGCCAACCGCGAUUCAGCCAAUGGUGGGAUUCUGUCUUGGUUCUGGACGAGCGUGAGGCCUUCGAAUUGUCUUGUCAGAUUGAACCGAAUCUUAACAGUGGAAUAUCAGGGGGAGGCUCGGCGGCCUCCAAGGAUAAUAAGUACAAGCGGAAAGCCAACAGCCUGGGCGGGUUCCAUCGGAAGAAUGAUUCCAUCGCAAGUACAGGAUCGAGUUCUGCUAGCUCUCAGUUAACCGGAGAGCAUGCCGAGCAACAACCUUCAAUGUGUCAAUCCGCAUCCAGCUCUGAUAUUCUCAGUCAGAGUGACCCAAUGCCGGAUCAUCAGCAAUCUCGAAAUGGAGCUCGUUCCAAGUCACAUUCAGCUUUAUCUUCAGCCAGUAGUAACUCAUCUUUGCCCUCAAUGGAUGCUAGUUUGGCAUCUUCUGGCAACAACACAACUUCCAAAUCGGAGCCUUUGGGAGCAUCCACUCCACUCAAGGGAUCGAGCGCUUCAACCAAGUCGUUGGGCGAUCAUGGCUCCGAGUCCAAGGCAACAAGUAGGAGCAUGUCCAAGACCUCGGUGGCUUCCUCGGGCUCGGCAACGGACUCUCCAUAUCGGACCUCUGAGUUUUACAUCAUUCGCGUCUCUAUCGAAGAAGCCGGACCGGAGACUGAAGGAGUCAUCAUGUACAAGAGCAUCAUGAUUGGCAAUCAUGAGAAGACCAAAGAAGUCAUUCGUAGCGCAAUGAUGAAGCAUGGUCUCGAAGGUUCCCCGGAAAACUAUACACUGUCACAAGUGCUUCCUGAUAAAGAGCUAUUGAUUCCGGAAAAGGCCAACGUGUACUAUGCAAUCAGUACACAGCAUGACCUCAAUUUCACUUUGAGAGAGAAAUCUGAAGAUCUGAAUACGGUUGGUGGGACGGUGAGCCGGGACAGCCUGGGUUUGGGAGGAGAGGGCACGCCCCGAGGAAGUCGGAGACCUCCCCGCGAUAACAGCAAAGCCAGACGAAAGCUAUUGGGUCUAGUCCUUUGAGAAACCUGCAGCAUCCUUGUUUGUUGUUACCUGUCAAGUACCUACGCAAUAAAUUUGAUGAGGAUUUAUCAUACUAGGAAACCGGAA